AUGCAGGCAGCCCUAGUGGCAGCUGCAAUCACGAGAAAACCUAGAGAUGAGGGAUCCUGGAGACAGCCGCAGAGACGGGGUCCAUUAGAGAAAGAUCAAUGUGCCUUUUGCAAAGGAAAAGGACAUUGGAAGCAGGAAUGCCCUUAUCGAAAAGUUGGGGAAGGUGAAAAGAAGAAAGAGGAGAGCAGUGGAUUGUUCGCUUUUGGAAGGGAUUCAGAUUGAAGGGGACCGGAGGCCCGGGAGGGAAAGAUAACCCAGAUCCCAGUGUCCCCUGACGAGCCUCUGGUUAAAAUGCAACUAGGGGACAGAGAUGAAUUGGUAGAUUUUCUUGUAGAUACAGGUGCUGCCCAUUCUGUUUUAACUCAAAAACUGAAACCUUUAAGUAAAAAGAUUGUGCCGGUGGUAGGGGUUACAGGGAAGGCAGUAACACAAUCCUUCCUACAGCCAAUGACCUGUAAUAUUGGGCAGGCCGAAGUUACCCAUCAAUUCUUGUACAUGCCAAACUGCCCCGUUCCCCUUUUAGGGAGAGACCUCCUCUGUAAACUGCAAGCUACGUUGUCGUUCCAGGAUGGGCAAAUGUUUUUAACAGUGCCUCCUGAAAAGGGGUGGCAUUUACAGGCUUGCCUUCUUGGCCUUCUCCAAGAGGAGAGUACACCGGAUAUUCCUCAACCCCUGCUCGAUGCUGUUGUUCCAUGGGUAUGGGCAGGUCACCGACCUGGGAAGACUAAAAAUGCUGACCCUGUGAAGAUUCAACUUUUGCCAGGGGCCCAGCCUCCAUGUGUGAAACAAUAUCCAAUGCGGGUGGAAGCCAGGAAAGGACUGAAGCCGUUAGUUGAACGGUUCCUGGAGUAUGGCCUUCUCCGUGAAUGUACAUCAGCUUUUAACACGCCCAUCUUGCCUUUGAAGAAGCCUAAGAGUAAUGAAUAUCGUUUCGUCCAAGACUUGAGAGCUGUAAAUAAAGUGGUUGUGAGUAUAUACCCGGCCGUGCCUAAUCCGUACACCUUGCUAUCUGCUUUGAACCCAGAUCAUAAUUGGUUUACGGUUAUUGAUUUAAAAGAUGCUUUCUUCUGUAUACCGGUAGAGAAGGGAUCUCAGGAAAUAUUUGCAUUUGAAUGGGAAGACCCAGAUACUAGCAUUAAGACUCAGUUGUGCUGGACUGUUUUACCCCAAGGAUUUAAAAACAGCCCAACCUUAUUUGGCAAUGCAUUAAGCAAGGAUUUACGCAGGCUAGAAUUGCCACUGUCCUGUGCUCUUUUGCAAUAUGUAGAUGACUUGCUUUUAACAGCCACCACUGAAGCAAGCUGCCUGGAAGGAACAAUUUGCCUCCUUAAUUUUCUGGGUCAACAAGGGUAUCACAUUUCCAGGAAAAAGAUGCAGCCCAUAUCCCAGAAGGUCACAUAUUUGGGAUUUGAAUUACAGCCUGGUCAGAGAGCCCUGUUGCCUGAAAGAAAAGAAGCUAUAUGCCGGCUGGCACCCCCAAUAACAAAGAAACAACUACGAGGAUUUUUAGGUACAGUAGGUUUUUGCAGGAUUUGGAUUCCAAAUUUUGGGGUUAUUGCAAAACCUCUAUAUGAGGCAACACACGGAGAUGAAAAGGUACUUGAAUGGACUGAAGAGUGUGAGCAAGCAUUCUGCCAGUUAAAGCAGGCUCUCAUUGAAGCACCCGCCUUAGGACUACCGGACACGAGUAAGCCUUUUUCCCUUUUUGUGCAUGACCGAGGUGGGGUAGCCGUGGGAGUCUUAACACAGAAAUUGGGUAGCUGGCAACGACCAGUGGCAUAUUUUUCAAAAAAAUUAGACUUUGUGUCAUGUGGAUGGCCUGCUUGUCUCCGGGCUGUUGCUGCUACCUGUCUGCUAAUACAAGAAGCUGAAAAAUUAACCCUAGGCCAUGAAAUGAUUGUAUAUAUUCCUCAUGCAGUACUUACAGUCUUGAAACAGAAAGGAGGGAACUGGUUAACUCUGGGACGAAUGGCUCGAUAUCAGGCCAUCCUCCUAGAUAAGCCUGAAAUAAAAUUAGCCAUUUCUCGCAAUGUAAAUCCAGCAACACUGUUGCCAUCUAUGGGUGACACACCAGAUCUUGUGCAUGACUGUUUGCAAACAUUGGAAACUGUUUAUUCUUCAAGACCAAAUUUGAGAGACAGACCUCUUGAAAAAGCUGACCUGGAGUUUUACACUGAUGGCAGCUUGAGUAUAGAGAAUGGAAUUCAAAAAUCCGGAUACGCUAUCGUGACUGCACAGAAUGUGAUAGAAGCAGGACCUUUAAACCCAUCUGUUUCAGCUCAAAAGGCUGAACUCAUUGCUAUGACUCGGGCUUUGCAAUUGGCGGCCAACAAAACUGUCAAUAUUUAUACUGACUCUAAAUAUGUUUUCCUUGUUUUACAUGCUCACGGAGCACUAUGGAAAGAGCGAGGUCUACUUGAUUCAAAAGGAACAGGCAUUAAACAUAGCAAGCAGAUAAAAGCCCUCCUUAAGGCAGUCUGGGAACCAAAAGAAGUAGCGAUAAUGCACUGCAAAGCUCAUCAAAAGAAAAAUGAUGAUUCAUCCACAAAAGGUAAUCGAUUUGCUGACGCUACAGCAAAGAAAGCAGCUAAAAAACCUCAGACAGACUUGCUGCCCGAAGUAAGUAAUCUGUUACCUCUCCUCCCAGACUUAUACCAGCCUGUGACACCACAGUAUGGGGAAAGAGACAAACAAUUGAUAAGAGAGUUUCAAGCAAAGAAGGGGGAGCACGGGUGGCUAGUAGCAAAGGAUGGCCGCAUUAUCAUCCCAGCUGCCUGGGUUUAUGUGGUAGUGAAGAGAGCUCAUCAUGGCACCCACUAUGGACCCAGGGCCCUGAUAAGGUGGAUCAGUCACUAUGUAACUGGAGUGGGAUUAAGAGAGGCUGCCAAGAAGGUAUCAGAGACAUGUGAGGUCUGCCAGAGAAAUAACCCAAAAGGAGGGAGAAAAGAAACUUCAGGACAUCAGAGAAUAGGCAAUGGGCCAGGAGAAGAAUGGCAGGUGGAUUUUACUGAGUUACCCCGGCAACAGGGGAUGAGAUAUCUCCUUGUCUUUGUGGACACUUUCUCUAAUUGGGUUGAGUGCUUCCCAUGUCGGACUGCCCAAGCCCGAGAGGUGGUCAAGGCACUCCUACGAGAAAUUAUACCUCGCUUUGGACUUCCAAAAGGAAUAGGGUCAGACAAUGGCCCACAUUUCAUUGCACAAAUUACUCAAAAGGUUUCUGAGUUCCUGGGAAUCAGCUGGCAUUUACACACCCCUUGGAGACCCCAGUCCAGUGGAAAAGUGGAACGUAUGAAUCAGACCUUAAAAAGACACCUUGCAAAGAUUUGCCAAGAAGCUCGACUCAAAUGGCCAGAGGCCCUACACUUGGCCCUGUUGCGAGUAAGGGUCGCACCACAUUCUAAAUUGGGAUUAAGCCCAUUUGAGAUAAUGUAUGCAGGUACGGGACGUGCUGCAGACACAGAACCAGUCUCCUACCCCGGAAAAUCGAUUAUUACCUGGAAGUUACGCUCUUGUGAAAGAUUGGAAUGAGGAACCACUUCGAGCCAGAUGGAAGGGCCCGUAUAGAGUACUUUUAACGACCCCGACGGCAGCAAAGCUCGAAAGAAUCAAGACUUGGAUACAUUCCAGUCGCCUAAAGCCGGUGGCUGAACCAGAACAAGAAGAAACUCCUGCAAACUCCGGGACCGGAGGCAGAGAACAGUGGAAGGUGGAGCCAAUAAGGGACUUAAAAUUCCUAUUCAAAAGAAAGGAACUUUGAAUAAUUUGUCAAUCUUUGAUCAAGUUUUACAAGCCUUAUUAUGAAAUUGUUCAAGGUUUUAGUGUGGGGCACCCUAAUUUGUCCACUCCUACUUAUAGGAGGGGAAAAUCUUUUACCACAAGAAUUUGACCCUCAGGAAAAUGUCUGGAUUUAUCUGGCCCGGGAAAUAUUAAAUAGAACAGACUUCUGCUUGGCAGGAGGGAUCAAUGCUCAUCUGGUUUUUACCUCAUGCUUAAUUGCAGUACCUACCCCUUUGAAAAUUUUACAGAAUUAUACUAUGCUGAAAGAUGUAAAAAAGGAAAAUACAUAUCAGGAUAUAUAUAAGUGGGGGACUGUUGUAAAAGAGAAAAGCAGAGACAUGUUUUCUGUAUGGGUUCAGGCAACAGCUAAUUUCUGAAUGUUUCUUAAUAAUGAAUUGUACCAGUAAUUGCUUUAAAUUGAACCAAGGUAGAAAAAUCUUCUGUAAUAAGACCAGUCAAAUAUCCUAUGUAUAUACACAUACCAUCCUUCCUCGAGGAUGGUUUCUGGCCUGCGGGAGAAUGAUAUAUUCAUACCUUCCAGCAAAUGCUACUGGGGGACCAUGCACCAUUGCCCGGGUAACUGCAGCUCUUCCAAGGAAGUCUGACCUAAUGCACACUGAACAAACCCCUCUUGGUGGGAGGUUUAAACGAGCAUACACUACUCUCACUGCUGAUUGUGACGAGAAUUAUUCCCCUGGACUAUUAUCUAAGGCAGAAUACAUAGCAUUAGCUGCAUCUAUGGUGGGGGUUCCGGGUCUUGCUGUAAGUAAUAGCAGAAAUCUUAAUGCAGUAGCCUGUGUUUUAGCAAAAGCACUAAAUGCUACAUCUCGAGCGCUCUCAGCCUUGAAUGCUGAACAAAAACAACUAAGGGACGCUGUCUUAGAGAAUAGAGCCGCUAUUGAUUAUCUCUUGUUACGACACAAUCUGGGGUGUGAAACCUUAAAAGGAAUGUGCUGCUUCAACCUCACUGAUAAUUCUGUGCUAAUUGAAGACAAAAUUGGUGCCUUACAAUGAUUGACACAGACAUUGAAAGAAACAUCUGGCUUAGACUUUUCCUGGUUAACUUCCUGGCUUUCCAAUUUUGGAUGGUUGAAGCAGUUGUUUUGUAUGGUUAUUCUGUUUUGCUUUAUAGGGAUUAUGAUCUGUUUCUGUAUCCAUUGUAUACCGGUUUGUAUCGCAUCUAUCUUCAGGCCUAAGGUAAAUCAAAUGAUUUUGCAAAAAAAGAAAGCUGAGAAUACUAGAUUUGUGUUAAGUCAAAUUGAAUGGAGCAAUCAUAAUUAAUAAUAAUUAUAAAUGCUCCAGAUGAGGGAAAUGUAAGGUUUGACCUAGAAACUACUAUGCAAAGCCUAAGCAAAAGUGAAUGUUGUGUGUCGAAUGCCCAUCUGCAAUGAUAAGGGGCAGACAGUCUUAGAUAGAGGAAGCUUGAAAACAAAAAAACAGAAUCAGAGGUACUGGAGCAAAGAGCUCAUUAAAAUACUAAAAAUCACACCCCGAGGCGGGGAAGAUAUAUGCUAAUGUACGUUAAUGAGAUACAUAGCUAAAACACAGGUAUAGAGACAUGCUCAGUAAAGAACUCCUUGCGUCACUCCUUUAUAACCAAUUAGCAAACAAGGAUGCUUAUGAAGAUUCAACCUCUGGUAUAUAAGGGGCUCAGUAUUGAAUGCGCUUGUGCUUGUCUUGGGAGAUUAUUCCGCUUGCACCUUUUAUUGCUAGCAAUAAAUCAUUUUUAUACUUUCACCCCUGGUAUCUUUAUUGGCCUUUGCAUACCGGGCACGAACCCAGACUUGGGCUGGGG